AUGAGGUUAACGAUCGCAUCGUCGGCUUCUGCCCUUGUCACAGCGCUUCUGCUGUCGGCAGGCCCUCAACGUGCACAAGCUUCGCUCGCUCAGUCGGAAGGCCUCACCACCCUCUUCGAGGGCCUCGCUGAUGUCACUCGUCCCGACUCACAGAAGCAUCUCGCGGCUGGCCAAAGCCUCAUCGGCUUGAAGUCGGAUCCCUCUCAGCCUGGCGUUCAGUGGAGUGUGCAGCAAACACAGCCUACCAUUCUCGAUAACGGCAAACUCAACACCGCCGACUUUACAUUGGUCACCGCGGGUGAAAAGAUAAGCCUCAAGGCAUCCUCCUCGCCACCGUCUGCUUCGCCAGACUCGCCUUCCACCUCUGGCUCCGCUAGCAGCAACCCGGGCAUCACGAAUGCCGGCAAGGCACUCUCGUCAAGCUCUUUCUCGCCUGUCAACCCUCCUUCCUUCCCACUGGCUGUGCGAAGCCCUUACCUCAACGCUUGGCUACCCUCCGGAUCCAACUACGACUCGACUCCCCCCAACACCGUCGGCAAUGGCGGCUACUUGGCGGGCCAGUGGCCUUCCUUCUGGACUUCUUCCUAUGGCGCCGACGGCGAGUUCCGUCUCGGCUGGACCGGCUACAUCCGCAUCGACAACGUCACCUACGAAUGGAUGGGCAACGGCUUUGGCACUCUCGUUCGCGCUGGCCCCGCUGCCAAGCAGCUCAGCGCCGAGUACACCGCCACCCGUACAAUCUUUGCCUUUGAGGCCGACAAGGUCAGAUUCAACGUCACUUUCCUCACUCCCAUCACGCCUCACGACUAUCUCCGCCAGAGUCUGCCUCUCAGCUACCUGCACGUCGAGCUCGACACUUCCACCAUCAAAGGUCGCAGCAUCCAGCUGUACACGGACAUCGACGAGCGAUGGGUCACCGGGCACGACUACGACUACGAGGAUUAUCCCUACGACCAGCAGUACUACGAAAAGAACGACACUUCGGUCUUCUUUAUUACUCGUAAGCACCCUCAAGUCUACACCGAGUUCCGUCAGCGUGCCGAGUGGGGCAACGCUACGUAUGCUGCGCGCAAUCACACCGGUCUCUACUCGAGGAACAACAACAAUGUCGUCACGCACACCGAGUUCAUCGACACGGGCAAGCUCUCGUUCGACCAUGGCCCCGUGCUUGGACCGGAAAACUCGUUCGCGUUUGCCGUCGACUUCGAUGCUAAGCACGCCGACAAGGAUGCACUUUUCGUUGUCGGUCACAUGCGCACACCCUACGUCAACUACAUCCGUGCGAAGCAUCCCGGAACCAACUCGACCAAGAGCUAUCAGGAGGACCGAUACGGGUUCUGGCAGACCAAGUUCGGAGACAAAAUUGAGGAUGCCGUUGCUUUCUUCAUCAACGAUUUCGAUUCGGCUCUCGCCAACGCCAAGACCUUUGACAAGCAGGUUCUUGAAGACUCGAGGGCAGCGGUGGGCGGUGGAGAAGUAGGCGACCAGUACGCUGCCAUCACACAGCUCUCGCUUCGCCAAGCCUUUGCCACGUUCGAGAUCACCGUCAGUAAGGACGACAAGGGCCGAUACAACACAACAGACACUCUGCUCUUCCUCAAGGAAAUCUCGUCCAACGGCGACAUGUCGACCGUUGACGUCAUCUUCCCGCUCUUCCCCCUGCUUUCGUAUGCCAACCCGGACAUGCUUCGCGAUCUCAUGCUCCCCAUCUUCGAGUACACCGAAUCCGGCCUCUAUCCGAACAAGUGGUGUGUGCACGACCUUGGCGUGUAUCCGAAUGCCUUUGGCCACGACGAUGGUAACGACGAACCCAUGCAAGUCGAAGAGUCGGGCAACAUGAUCUGGAUGACGCUCCACUGGGCUCAGCUGGUGGGCAAGUCCAAGGCGGUUCCCUUCCUCGAAGAGCACUACAAGAUCAUGAAGCAGUGGACCGAGUUCUUGGUUGAGGAUAGCCUCAUCCCGGCGGAGCAGCUUUCUACCGAUGACUUUGCCGGCACGCUCGCCAACCAGACGGACCUCGCCAUCAAGGGAAUUGCAGCAAUCUCUGCAAUGGGCAAGAUCGCUGAUCUGCUUGGACACUCGAAGGAUGCAAAGGCGUACGCCAACAUUUCGUCGAGCUACAUGAAGCAAUGGCAAAAGUAUGCCAUCUCGCACGAUGCGUCGCACGCCAAGCUCGCCUACCAGACCGAUGCAUCGUGGGGAACCGUGUACAAUUUGUUGGCCGAUCGACUGCUCAACCUCAACUUGGUGCCUGAAGUGGUCUACAAGAUCCAGGAUGCCUGGUAUCCUCGUGUGCAGGAGAAGUAUGGAGUUCCGCUCGACUCGAGGCACAAGUGGACCAAGACCGACUGGGAGAUGUUUGCCGCUGCUGCCUCGGACGAUCCCGCUACGCACAAGCUGUUCAUCGAGCUGCUGUACAAAUUUAUCAAGGAUGGCAAAACGGAUGCUCCCUUCACCGAUCUCAUGGAGAGCACCACGGGGGAUUUCCCCAAACAGCCCGAAGACCCGCUGAUCCACUUCCUGGCUCGACCCGUCGUGGGCGGACACUUCGCUUUCUUGGCCAAAGCCAAGGCUGAUCAAGCCAACGGCGUGGCUGAAGGCGAAUACAAGUACGGCAACGAGAACGACGUGAUCACUCAAAAGCCGCAGCAGCCUGGCAAAGGUGGCAGUGGCGACAAGAAGCCGGAGGACCGCAGGAAGAAGUCGGCUUCGGCCUCGAGUGGUUCGCAGCGUGCCUUCCAGAUCGAACUCUAG